CGCACUCGCUGUCGAUGGGCUCCGAAUAAGGGUUGGAGCUGGGUGUGCAUUGCGGAUGUUCCGUCCUUAUAAAUGUUUGCGGCGGUGCUGCGAGCCGACUCGGAAGGAACGUUGAGGUGACUCCAGAGGUACCGACUUUGGAGUCUCAGACGAUAUGCAAUCAUGGGGUCUUGAUCCUGAUCAAAACUUGAAUAUAACAGUCACGAUGUGCGCCGCAGUGACCGCAUACAACGCGCUCUCGGGCGGCGACACCGUCCUCGUCCUUGGCACCGGCGGCGUGUCCAUCUUCGGCCUCCAGAUCGCCGUCGCGAGCGGCGCGACCGUCAUCGCGACCUCGUCCUCCGACAAUAAGCUAGGCGUUUCGAAGAAGCUCGGCGCGAGAAGACUCCCGACUGGGUAAUGGAGGUUCCGUGGAUCACGGGCGGGCGAGGCGUGGACCACGUCAUCGGGGCGGGCACGAGGAACAAGUCGCU